GUGUUGGAAAUUUCGGCUUGUCCGGAAAAUUUGUGAAAUCGACCGAACCGUAUUGUGAUAGUUAAUCGAAACAUGUCUGUGCAGUGUCGUUAGUUAGUUAACAUGGUUGUGCGAGCAAAAUCGAAACUUUAGAACGAACUAAGAUGAUGUGAUUUACCGGUUUUUGUAGUACCGUCCCUACGAUGGAGGCUGGAAUCGCGGCUUUCGAUCCGAACGACUUGAUCUGCUACUCGCCGGAGGAGUCCGAAGAUGAGGGCGAACCUCCGCCGGCCGAGUUCCAGCGGCCUGCUUCUCCGCUUCUUCCGCCGCCUCCACCACCUCCGGUGGCGGCACCAACUCCAAGUCCGGCCAUUGACCUGGCUGCCAUAUCCGGUGAGGAGAUCCAACUAACCGUGCCAUCGCCGACGCCAGCCACGAGUCCGCUGCAGGGCGCCCGCUUCAAGUGCAAGUUCUGCCCAGCUUACACCCAUACGGCGGAGGAUUUCAUCAAGCACUUCAUCAUGCACUUUGGCCGCAACCGGAUCUCGUACAAGCAGAUGACCCGGGAAGAGGUACGGGCGUUGCCCAAUGCAAACGAAAAGUUCGUUUGCGGAGUUUGUGCGCACUGCUUCGAGGCUCGGGAAGCGGUCAAGGAGCACAUGAUAAAGGAUCAUGGCUUCAAGGAGAUCAAGCCAAAGGAGGCGAAUAAGCCGUCCGAGUCCACGGUCGUAGCUGCUCCCACUGGAAGCGUCCCACAAGCUGGAACAAAGCGAAAGCUGGACGAUGAUUUCGUAGACUCCCAGAAGCUUCCAAUCAGCGAUAGUUCCUCAAGUUCGUCCGAAGCAGCGUCCGAGUCCAAGCCGGGAUCCGCUGCAUCAUCUGCCGCGGCAUCGAAAGCUCCUCAAGUGGCCACUUCCAGCAAGCCGGCCAUCGCAGGCUCUGCUGCGUCCGCUUCUGCUGUCCUCCCGGUAGUCUGUGAUAGUGAAACACCAAAAUCCUCUGCAAUUCAGCAGCAGCAACCGCCAUCAACGUCAGCCGUCGCCCAGCCGAAGCUGGAUGAAGCUGCCGAGGACGCCGAACUGAACGAAUUUCUCCAGCCCAUGACGCUAAAGGCCCUCAAGCUGAAACUGCUGGCCGGACUGAAGCUCAAGUGUCCCCAGAAGGGCUGCGUGUACAAGUUCGAAACGCGCGCCAAGCGGGACAUUCAUCUCAAGUGUCAUAACAUAGAGCCGGGCCUGAUCGGGCCCGGCGGUCCCGCACCGAGCAAGGACGAGAAAAAGGACAACUUCAAGUGUUACCAGUGCGGGUUGGAGUUUCCUCGGUGGCGCGAGUGUUCCCAGCACCUGUGGAAGCAGCACAAGGUCGACAGCAACAUGCUCAAGUGUCCGGUAUGCGACGUGCGGUUCGAGUUUGCCGUAAAAGUCUACCGGCACCUGCAAACGCAUCGACCCGUCAAAGCCUACAGCUGCCCAUCGUGCGGCAAGUCGUUCGCAACCCAGUCCCAGCUGUCGGUGCACGAGGCCCUGCACAAGAAGCAGCUGCAGCAACAGCGUCCAAAGCCCAAGCCGGCCGCCGCUUCCGCUGGAACUAGUGGUGGCGGCCCUUCCGGUCCGGAUGGAAAAGGCGGAGAUCCCGGCGCCGCUGCCGGGGAUGCCGAGGACGAAGGAGAACCUUCGGGAGGGGAGGAGGGUGGCAGCGGUAAGCCGGCGGAGAAGCUUCCGUGGUACGCCGAGCGCAAGUGCGACAUCUGCGGGCACAUGUUCAGUAACUCGAAGAUUCUUAGCAAACACAUCAAGACGGUUCACCACAAGAUCAAGCCGUUCAUCUGUAACGUGUGCGGGUACAAGUCGGCCCGGAAGGUGACGCUUACGAUUCACAUGCGUCAACACUCGGGUUUGAAGCCGUUGGAGUGCAAGGAGUGUCCCUUCCGUACAGCGGAUCCUAGUGCGCUGAAGUACCACGAGAAGCGCCACAGCAAGGACAAAUGGUACGAGUGCAAGUUCUGCGGCCUGCUGACCAUCCAGGCCAGCGCCCUCAAGACGCACAUCCGCCUGAACCACCCGAAGGAGUACGAGUCGAUCAAGUGCGACCUGUGCAAUUUCACCUCCGUCAACCCGGAGCUGCUGGCCCGCCACAAGAGCGACCACAAGGCGGGUCUCAUCAAGAGCGAAGACUCGCACGAUUCGGUGUCGUCGAAGCGCUCGAAGAACGCACCGGAAAGCUCGUCCGACUGCUUUCUGCCGAUCGAGAGUACGGACUCUGUGGUGCACGACGCCGGCGGCUUUACGAUUCCGGCCGUCAUCAACGCACCGGUGGCGCACUCGGAGGAAACGCAGUUUCCCACUUAAAGAGGGGCGGAUUUUUUGUGUGUUUUGAACAAUAUGAUAACGCGUAUAAUCGUUAGCUUGCAAGACUUUGAGUGUGUGCAACGCAGACUGCUUCAAAAGCGGCGUAAUUCGUGUUUUUAUUUAUUUAUUUUUGUAGUACCGUCAUAGUAAUGUAGCAUUUUUAUAUUACGACACAAAAUAUUUAACGCAGUAAUAAAUACAGGAAAAAUAAAAUGUCGAAGAAUCGCUUGCUGUGAA